GAGUAAGUGAGAAUUGUAGAAUUUGUCUAUCAGAUUGCGACCAAUGAAAGUCCUUGUUACAUCUGGUGUCGGCAAAUUAAAGGAUCCUCCAUUGCUGAGUGGACAGCCGGUCAUAGGUGUAAACUGUUGUAAAAUCUGAAUAAGUUGAUUAUCAGCUCAACAGACGCUGGGAUUUUUCAGCGGUGAGGUUUGGGGAGGGGCGUGAUACAAACUUGCACGUGCAAUCCACCAAGAAGUAAACAAAUUGCACUUUAGCUCUGGGUUGGUCGGCUAGAUAUAUCUGUGACAAAAAUCAUAGACAAACAAUCAUGGAGUUGCAAGUGGUUUUGAUUGGUGCUGUUGUAUUUGUUAUCUCAGCAGUGCUGAUUUAUUUGAUAUCAGCCUUCACUAUGAAAGAAAAAACAUUUGAAGAAGUUAUAGCAGAACAGAAAAGAGAGCAAGAAGAAAAGCUGCUAAAAGUUAAACAGGAGAAAAAGGCAGAAAAAGAUGCCAGAAAAAGGUUUAAACCUAAAGGGAAAGUUAAAGGUGACCAGUCACCACAAGUAUCAAGAGAUAAAUCACCAAAGAUUUCCUUUUCUGAGCUAGACAAGGAGCCCAAGAUGGUCAACAUUGAACUGGAUCCAGUAAUUAUUGAACCUGUGGAGGCAGAAAGGCCUUUGAAAAUGAGUAAAAAGAAAGAGAAACCAGCCAAACCAAUUCUCCACAACAAAGAUGAAAAGACCCCUGUGGUCUCUGAAGAAUUUAUGGAGGAAAUUAUUCAUAGGGGACCUGCUCCCAAGGAUGAUGUUGAACUAAAGCAUAUUCAAGAUUCCAAGAAAGAAAAAUCAAAGAAAGAGUUGAAGGAGAAAAAGAAACAUGAGGAAAUAAAGCCUGUUGUUGAAGAAAUCAUGACAGCUACAGAGAACAGAGUACAGGCAGCUGCACCUCCUAUGGGUGAUGGGAGAGUGAACUAUAAAGAAGCUGGCAAUAGCAAAUUGAUUGCAUCAGUUAAGGCAGCAUCAUUAAGUGAGAAUGAUGCCCAGACACUCAUUGAUAUAUUACUGACAAAACAAGGAGGAGUCCCAGCUGCACUGUCAACUGACUGGAAUAAGAAAUCACAAAAAGGUGACCCAGUAGCAUUACUGAGGAAACAGUUGGAAGAAAAGGAGAGAGCUUUACAAGAAGAACAACAAAUGGUGAUGGCCGGCAAUACAAAACUAAAGGAGAUCCGACAAGAAUUGAACCAGGAGAAAAUGAAAUACCAAUCAAUGGAAAAAAAUUUUAAAGACAAAAUGGAAUAUCAGGGUCGAGAAGUACAAGCUCUACACUCUCGUAUCCAACACACACAUGACCAACAUAUGGGAGAAACCAACCAGAUGAGGACCAUGAUCCAGAAACUUGAGGCACAAGUUGGUGACCAGACCAGGGUUCAGAGGCUGAUCGAGGAAAACAACGGAUUGAAAGAGUUAUUGUCUAAAACACAGACAGAGUCACUCUCACCAGCUGAGGCAAAUAAUCUGAAGCAGAAAGUUUCGAUAUUGGAGAAAGAACUGUCAAGUAAUGCGUUGAAACUGAAUGCAAGUGAAAAUACAAAGAAGACACUUGAACAGAAGUUAGCAAAGAGAGAAUCAGAAUUACAAAAAUACGAGUCACAGCAGUCAAGCAAUGAGAAUGUGAUGGAGAAGAGAGUUGAAGAAAUUGGCCAGGAACUUAGAAAGUCUGAAGCUAAAGUUUCAGCAUUAAACAAAGAUCUACAUACGAAAGAGCAAGCAGUUGAGACAGCUCAAAAGGAAUGUAAAUAUUUGAAGAGUAAACUACAAGAAUUAGAGAAAUCACUUACAGAGAGUGACCAGUCAUCUAGGCAGAUGGAGGAAAAAUUGAAGGUUUCUGACAGACAAAAAAUCGACAUAGAGGGAAAUUUAAAGAAUCUACAAAAGAGGAUUGAAGGUUUAGAUCAGGAGAAAUCAUCAUAUUUAACCGAAAUACAGUUCUCAGGUGCAAAGGGUCUGAAGCAAGAGAACAGAAACCUCGCAACAGAAUUAAAGACAGCAAAAGAAAGAAAUCAGACAGAAGCUCAAGAUACAGUGAAGAAACAACAGAAUGGAGACCUCCAUGCAGAACUCUCUAAUAUGAUCUCGAUAGAAGAUCAUGAAAAACAGUUAGCUGCUAAAGUGACAGAAUUAACUGCACUGUCAAAGGAUAUAGAAUGUAGAAAUUCAGAAUUAAACACCUUAAAAGAAGAGUUAGAAAAACAGAAAAAGAAAAAUAAUGAGUUACGAGAAAAGAAUUGGAAGGCUAUGGAUGCAUUAGAAAAAUCUGAAAAAUCUGUCUCAGAAAAAGUUCAAAGUGCAAUUAAAGAAAAAGGGGAUGAGUUAACAGCUAGUCUUUCUGAAGUGGAAACUUUUGAUCAAUCUGUGAUGCAACGGAUGUUUCCUGAUAUUUCUGUCAAACAAAAGAGUCACAAAAAUUGGAUGACAGAGUUUGAGAAGCAAGUCACCACUCACCUGAAUACCUUGAAACAGCAAUCAGCAUCCAGUGAUAAUAGUAGUGCCAAAAAUGAGAGUAGAAUGAAAGAGCUCGAGUCACAGACCAGUGAGCUUGAGAAUAGAGUCAGGGAGGCGGAGAUGAAAAGAGACAGCCUUGCAUCCAGCUUACAGGAGUCAGAAACAUCAUGCUCCAGAUUACAGACACAAGUUACACAAUAUAGAAAUGUAUUAGGAGAAACAGAAAACAAAUUGACACAGCUUGAAAAUAGUGUGGAAGCUGAAGAGAAGAAAUGGCAAGAAAGAUUGCAAGCCAAAGAAUUAGAAUUACAACAAGCUCAACAAGAAAUAGCAAACAGUAAAGAGGAAGCUCGCAAGGCUGCCGGAAGUCAGGAGGAUAUAAGUGAUAUUGGUUUUGCAUAUCGAUGUGUAGAGAAAAGUUUGACAUCUAUAGUAGACGAGAUGAAAGAGAGAGUAGCAGAGCUGGAAACAGAACUGAGUUCAUCACAAGAAAAAUGUUCACAGUUAGAGUCACAAGUGAAGCAGGCAGAGAAUAAAUUAUCAGAGUACAAUAUCCAGAUAGUAGAAUUGAAAAAAUCUAGUGCCAAUAUUACUGUUAUAACUAAUGAUUUAGAAGAUUUGCGGACACAAUUAGAGAAAGAACAGAAGAAAAAUAAAGAUUUGGCUUCACAGAUUGUGAAACUGAAUGGCAUCAUAAAGACAGGACAUGAUGCACUAACCCAGGAACAGAACCUCGUUAAGAAAUUACAAGAGCAAAUGCAAACCGGAAAUGGACACCAGAAUUCAACAACAGUACCAAAUGACUCAAAUACAGAAAUGGAACAGCUGAGAACAAAAUUACAUGAUAAGGAAAAACAGCUAGAAAAAGAAAUUAGUGCUAAUAAACUCCUUAGUCAGCGAUUGGCCCAAUUAGGUGUUAUGACAGUAAUGAGAUGAAGGCUAGUUCACAAAGCAGUUUAAAUGAAGCGGGAACAUCUGUGUGACAUCACUAAGGUGACUUCAUCACUAUGGUUACAUCAGAAGAAGCUAGUCUCAGCCACUUAAUGUUCAUUCUAGUGUCAGCUGACACCAUUCGUGCACAUUGAUGGAUUCUUCAAAAUCUGUAGACAUUGGAUUUAUGCUAUGCAAUCAAUUUCUGCAAAUGUGUUACAUUUUAUUCAAUUGACAUUGAAACCUCAAACAGAAAUUUGGGACCAAGAGAAAGCCUUCUAAGUUUUUAUUUUUGUUGAUUUUAGUUAUCUUAUUUUAUACCUUAGUUUCCUUUUGUUUUAUUUUGGAAAAAAAUGGUGUACUAACAGUUUUUCAGUUUUAAAUUGUUCAUAGGGUAAGAAUUUCUUCCAGCUAGAUUAAAUGCUCCCUAUGUUGGUUAUAAAGCUUGGACGUGUUUUAUAGAAAAUACAUUUUAAGCCUAGGGGAAGUAAUUUUCUUUUUGUUUUCUUUAGAUGUAAAUGAUUUUAAAUUAAAGUUGUAGCUAGGUAGCAUUAUAAGGAAUAGAUAUUCUAGCCUAGAUAGCGGCACUGCUUUUUACAAAGUAUUUGUAUAUUUGUUACUUGAUGUAUUAUGGUCUAGUGGAAGAUUUUUUUUUGCCUUCAUAUACUGGUAUGUACAGUUUGAAGGACAUGACAACUGUAUCAGUAGAUACACGGAAGUAAGAUGUGAAACAUGAAGUUAUCAUGACUUCUAAUGCUUUCAUAUGUCCUUCUGAUAUUUCGGUCAAUGUGUGUAAUUUUACAUAGAAAAACUGAUCAACCAUAUGUGUUAUCAGAACACCACUGAGUACUGAUAUGGUGUAUGAUAUGAUGAAAUGUAAGCAGAUUUAUCCUUUUAGCUUCUCUUUCUUUAUAGGGUCAGUAUUUCGUUCUGUGGAUUGACAUGCAGUUACAAGAUGUUACUGUGGUAUUGAGCUUAAAGUAAAACUGACAUUUCCUGUAAAGCUUUGUACAGUUCAGUAAGAGAAGUAUUUGUAUAGGGAGAUAUACUGAAGCCAUGUUUUCUGUCAGUCAGGUUGUUAAUGCAAAAACUUAGUUCUCUGUACCAGUGUUUUGCAAAGCACUUAUGUAAUGAAGAGAACAGAGUUUCAACUUGCAUAAUCAUAUGGCUUAGCUUAUACAGAUGAGAACUACUGUGUAUCACCUUAACAUGUGCAUAAUAUGAGCCACGCCAUGAGAAAACCAACAUAGUGCAUUUGCGACCAGCAUGGAUCCAGACCAGCCUGCGCAUCCGCGCAGUCUGGUCAAGAUCCAUGUUGUUCGCUAACAGCUUCUCUAAUUCCAAUAGGCUUUGAAAGCGAACAGCAUGGUUCCUGACCAGACUGCGUGGAUGCACAGGCUGGUCUGGAUCCAUGCUGGUCGCAAAGCCACUAUGUUGGUUUUCUCAUGGCGCGGCUCAUAUGUAGUGUUCUGUUUUUCAUUGUGGCAUUGUAAAUUGGUUGUGAUUAAAUCACAAAAUUUAACUGUCCUAGAAAUCAAUUUAGAAUUUUUAAUGUAUUUUAUGAAAUCUAAAAAGUGAAGGGUGAUUAUUUAUAAAACUGGUGUUAGUGGUCAGAUGUUGACAGGGUAUGAUUGUUAAUGGUGCAAGUUGGAAAAUAAUUGAUAGUCAUAAUUGUUCUAGCCUAGAACUUUGUUGCCAUUCUUUUACAAAUGUAGGACAAAAUAAAUUAAAAAUUAAGGUAUAUAAAACUGCCUUGAUCUCAUCUAGCAAGGUGGAUUUUUGUCCAUAUUCUAGUUUUAAAUUAUGAUAGUGUUCCAUUGUAAUAGCUUUACUGGGUGUAGGAGGAAAUUUUCUAUAGAUUGCAUUGUCAAUUAUAAAACUCUGGGGCUGUAGUUACUAGGAAGAUAUUUGCACUGUCUUUCUAUUUUGCAAGUUUAGAAUGAAAUAAAAGGAAUAGACUAGAUUUUAGAAAGGGAAAUUCUGUUCAUUGUAAAAGUUGAAAUGGUGAUAAGUGUUUUCUGGGCUAGCAAUAUUUAAGCAGCAAACUGUGAUAAAAUGGUUCGUAUAUGUAAUACACUAACUAGAUCUUGCCUACUUACUGUUAGAAAAAUAUAAUGAGUUAUAAAUCUGUUAUACACCAUUGAUCGUCAGUCUAUGAUAUUUCACAUAUAUGUAUUGUUUAACUUGCUCAUUGCUGUAAAAUCACCAUACAUAUGCUUUCUUCUUGCUUUGUUUAAUAAAUGGAGAUUCUCAUUUGUUGUUGGACAUCCUGUUAGAAGAUGAAUUAACAUGCUUGACUUUAAAAAAAUGUAAAAGCUUAACUGGCAAUGUUGUUGAAAACAAAUUACUCUGACAUGAUGUAAAUAUGCACAUAGAAUCAUUAUACCUGGUGCAUAGUGUAAUUCUGCUUAUAUUGUAAAUUCAUUACUAGUACUUCACAGAAAGAAUGUUACAUAGGUCUGUAAGAAAAUAGAGUUUCCUGGUUUCUCCAUUUAUUUUGGUAAAAUAUUUAAAAAACACAAUGAGUUAUUAUAUGAUUUAAUAUUGAGGAACAACAGCUUUCUGUUCCGAGUCCAUGAAAUUCCCACUAACCUACUGAUAAACAGUACAUUUUUUAACAUCUUUUUUGUGUUUUGUCUGUGCUCUGGGAUUUGUGUCCUCAAGAAAAUUUGUUUUAACAGAAUCUGAAUGCUCGAUUUAUUAAUGACAGUCAUAUUUUAUCCGGCCAGAAGUUGUAUAUCUGAGUUUUAUAAAUUGUUGUUUCUCGUUAAACUGUUAGUGUAUUUGUGCCAUUAUCAUUUGUUCUGUUUUAUGUUUCGUUUUGUAUGUCGAGAGCUUGGUUAUGUUUGUAGAUUUUUGCCAGAGUCUGGUGAUGGUGUCAAUAUGUCAAGUUUACGCCAUCACUAUUUACCAGAAAUUGGAAUAUAAAACUGUUCAUGUUUUCUGUACGGGCUGAUAUUGAUUUCUUGUUUACUGUAUAUGCUAUUCAAGACGUUUAUAUUUACAGGUUAGUACAUAUGAGCUGCGCCAUGAGAAAACCAACAUAGUGGGUUUGCGACCAGCAUGGAUCCAGACCAGCCUGCGCAUCCGCGCAGUCUGGUCAGGAUCCAUGCUGUUCGCUUUCAAAGCCUAUUGCAGUUAGAGAAACCGUUAGCGAACAGUAUAGAUCCUGACCAGACUGCGCAGAUGCGCAGGCUGGUCUGGAUCCAUGCUGGUCGCAAAGCCACUAUGUUGGUUUUCCCAUGGCACGGCUCAAUUAUAUAAACAUUUUAAGUAGACCAGCAUGUAUCUUUUGUUAAGAAUUAGUGUUGUAGGGUAAAUCAGGAUGUUGUUCUGACAUUUUUUAGCUCAUCUGAUUUUUUGAAAAAAAAUGAUGAGUUAUUGUCAUCACUUGAGCGGUUGUCGGCGUCGGCGUCGGCGUUGCCUGGUUAAGUUUUAUGUUUAGGUCACCUUUUCUCCUAAACUAUCAAAGCUAUUGCUUUGAAACUUGGAAUACUUGUUCACCAUCAUAAGCUGACCCUGUAUAGCAAGAAACAUAACUCCAUCUUGCUUUUUGCAAGAUUUAUGGCCCCUUUUGUACUUAGAAAAUAUCAGAUUUCUUGGUUAAGUUUUAUGUUUAGGUCAACUUUUCUCCUAAACUAUCAAAGCUAUUGCUUUGAAACUUGGAAUACUUGUUCACCAUCAUAAGCAGACCCUGUACAUCAAGAAACAUAACUCCAUCUUGCUUUUUGCAAGAUUUAUUGCCCCUUUUGGACUUAGAAAAUCAGUUUUCUUGGUUAAGUUUUAUGUUUAGGUCAGCUUUUAUUCUAAACUAUCAAAGCUAUUGCUUUAAAACUUGCAACACUUGUUCACCAUCAUAAGUUGACCCUGUACAGCAAGAAACAUAACUCCAUCCUGCUUUUUGCAAGAUUUAUGGCCCCUUUUGGACUUAGAAAAUAUCAGAUUUCUUGGUUAAGUUUUAUGUUUAGGUCAACUUUUUCUCUUAAACUAUCAAAGCUAUUGCUUUGAAACUUGCAACACUUGUUGACCAUCAUAAGCUGACCCUGUACAGCAAGCAACAUAACUACAUCCUGCUUUUUGCAAUAAUUAUUGCCCUUUUUGGACUUAGAAAAUAAUUUUCUUGGUUGAGUAUUAUGUUUAAGUCAACUUUUCUCAUAAACUAUCAAAGCUAUUGCUUUUAAACUUGCAACAGUUUUUCACCAUCAUAAGUGGACACUGAACAUCAAGAAACAUAACUCUAACCUGCUUUUUGCAAGAAUGAUGGCCCUUUUUAGACUUAGAAAAUCAUGGGUAGGACAAUAUUUCUAUUACACAAAAAAAAUCAGAUGAGCGUCAGCACCCGCAAGGCGGUGCUCUUGUUUCUAACGUAUAUAUUCUCUAUACCUUUUUUCAGUCAAAAGUUCUACUAGAUCCACUAUAAAGCACAGUUCAUUUUGUAUCUGAUUUUUACAGGAAAUAGAUGGUAUACGUAUCCCCAGUAACAUUCGGUAUGGGUUUACUGAGCUUUAAUGUCUGCCUCAUUUUGUACUCCAUUUAUGUUUAGAAUAAAGUUCAAAGUAAACAGAAAUUGAUUCAUGGAGAAAAAAUAUCUAAGUAUUUUUCAUGAUAAAGCUACUGAUUUACCCUGGAGAUGUGUUCCUUGUUUAAAAGUUGGCUAGUUACUAUAGCCAUUUGUGCAAUAAGUCAAGUUUUUGUUCAGCUUACUACGUUUUUUUUGUUUUUUUUUCUUUUCAAGUAACACCUAGAUUUAUGGUAAUAUUACAUGUAUCUGGAAACUAGAUUCAGUUCAUAAAUGGUUGUCCAGGCAAUUUUGGGGUGUAUCUCAGUUUCUAACAACAACAGUAACCAAGGAUGUUUUUGCAUUGUCUCCAUAUUCUACAGUAUAUCUAGAAAAUACAGCUUUUUGUCCCUAUUUACGUUUGUCCUACUUGAAUUUUUAUAUUCUUUAUAGAAAAAAGAACCACAGGAAAUUGAAAAAGCAGCAAAAAGUUCAGUGUCACAAAUCUAAGAAUUUAAAAGAAACUGUACAUACUGGUAGUAACUUUUUAUUUUAUGCCUUUAUAAUUGCCUCCAAAUAAAAUAUGUACGAGUACUACUACAGACCCUUUUUCUGUCUGUUUCCCAUCUGAUUUUAAUUUGUUACUAAGAUGCACACAAAUCCUUGCAAAACAAGAAACCAUGACAAGUGAGGGAACAUUGUGAUAUACCUCCGUGUCCUGGGAUAUGGAUUAUUCUUUCAUGUAGUGAACCAUCAAACACCAACAUUUUUUUUUUAUUAUAGUCUACUGGUGCCUAGACUGCAUAUGUACUGGUGCCUAGACUAUGCACAAUUCAGCUGUAUAUUUCAUCUUGAACAUUGUUGCUUUUGUUCUCAUCUAUUUUACAUUGAAAUCAAUUUCUCAAAACUUUAGCAUAUAAUGUUAAAAUGUAAUUGAAAUGAAUUAUACCCAAUGAUAUUGUUGAAAUUAAUAGAUGGUCAACCCUAGGUUACCUAAUUUAAUAUUUAUUAAUAUUGAUUCAUAUUUAUUAAUAAUGAUAUCAAAUGAGUUUAUAAGACAAUGACAGAGAUAUUUACAAUUUAAGUCUGUGUUGUAUAUACAACAAUAUUUUACUUUGAAUGUCCCAUAUAUAUAUAUAGAGCUGUGAUUAUUUCAUGGUAGUUUACUUAAUUUAGAUGGGGAUUCAUUAUGGGAAAUGAAAGGAUGGGGCUUAUAGCUGUGUUUAAGGUUGUGGGUUAUGUUCAACAUAAAUUGGUUGAAGUCACAAAUAGAUGUAAUGGAAAGAAAGCCAUUUGUAAAUUUUGCUUUUCUGAAUCAAAUAUAUUUACUGUGCAAGUUUUAAUUGUACAGUGUAAUGACCUGCCCAAGUUAUGAUGAUGUGUUUUUAGAGCUAGACUUUACAAAGACAAUGACAUGGGUACCAUUUCUAGUGCUUAGUUAGAUAUUCAAAUGUAAUAAAUGCAAACAAUGUCAACAUUAAUAAAUUUACCGGUUCCAUACAAAUAUUGAUGCCAGAAUAUUUCAUACCGGAUUGUAGCAGCUUCAGAAAUACAAUAACGGUAUGUCUGAAUUUACAGUUUACAACUUGUGAGUGUGUUUACAAGUAAAACAGCACUAGUUAAUACACCUAUGGUCACGACUUUGUUUUUCUCUUACUGAUUGUAAGAACAUUUUAAAUCAUUUUAAUAUUGCAACUGUUUUUAACAGCAAAUAUGUAAUUGUAUCUUACUAAGUCUGGUAUCUGAGGAACAGAUUGGUUAUAUGAAGUUUCAUUGAGCUCAGCUUCUUCAUCUGUAUGUACCAUUUCUUUGCUUCUUUAUUGACAAUUAAACAAUAAUCUCUCAUA